CAAUAACAAAACAAAGUCAAAAAGUUUUCAACUCAACCCGCGAAAUGAAUAAAACUUAAACACAACACAAUUCGAUGAAUACAAUGUAGAUUAUUUGUAAAUUAAUGUACUUAAACCACAUAUUUCAGCAGAAUCGUGAUAUAUGAUAUGAAGGUACCCAAUAUUAUUAUUGCGAUAACUUAUUGUGUCCAAUUGCAAUCGAAGUGCCCGCGUAAGCAUUUCGGUGGUACACAUUUGUAUUGUUUUCCUUAAUAGAUUAUAUUAUUGUAUUUAUGUUUUACGAAAUAUUCUUCGUAAUAUAGUUAGCUAAAACCAUUUCUUAUGAAGAUGAAGAAUGAGGAAAAUGUCAUUAAAGAUGAAGACGACGACGUGGUUAUCCUUGGGGACUUUAUACCGAAGCCGAUGAUAUCUCACAUUAAGAAAAGAAGAAAGCGGCACGUCGAUCUUAGAAAGAGUACAUCUGUCGAUGGAUCACUGGUUAUAACACAAAAAGUUAAGGUGAAGAAACGAAAACACAGGUGUAUUUUGAAUGUGAAGAAGAAACAUUUGCAACAAAAUGAUUCCAUAAAAAAGCGUAAGGAACAUGUUAAGGUUUCAUUUGAAGAUAUAAAAAAAGUAAAAAACUCCUAUGAGAGGAUCACUCCAUUGUGCUUAAGGCCAACUUGUAUAGAUAUCAGAUGUAAAAUCAAGAGAAACAUCGAAAAAGGGAUACAAAAGAGGAGAUUGAAAUUGCACCAUGGCUUUCCUAGAGAUCUGAAAAGAUUGUUAUCACCAAUAUCCCCCAACUCAAUGGGAAAUGAAAUGUCCAGAUCAAAGGAUUGUUUGACUGAAAUUAGUCUAGAUACUAGUAGUUUUGAUGAUGAAAAGGAAAGCAAGCUGGAUAUACUAAUUAAAAGGACAAGGGAAAGGGACAGAAUAAAUGAAGUGGCAAGGACUCGAUUGUUGUGUACACCUCCACAAACUGACACAGCCAAAGAAAUUAUUGAAGACAGAACUUGCACAGAUUACAAAGCGCCCUGCACAAGCACCCCUAAAUAUGAAGAAAAUAUUAAUGAUAAUAAAAAUCGGUCCAUUACUAAUACUAAAUCAGAAGAAUUAAAAAUCAAAGAUAAUUCGUUUUUUAAAGAAAUACAAGCUGCAAUUUCACCUAUCAAAAGUUUAGGUGAUAUGGUUGCAGUUACAAACAUAAAAGAUGAGCAAUCUAUGAACAUUCCCCAAGAUGGCUACACAAAACAAUCAAAUGUAGAUGGAAAUAUAUAUUCCGAAAGCAUAAAGAAUAAACACGAAACGUCGCCAUCUAAAACAAAUUAUGGAGACAGUAUGUCCAUUUCCGAUUGUGAUAAUUUGACAGAGCAGCCAAAUUUACUUUUGGAAGACACACAUGUAGAUCAAAAACAUACUAUAUAUACAAAUAACGUCCUAUCAAAUACAAGUUUAGUACAAAAUUUUGACAAAAUAAAUAUUCUUUCCCUUAAUGGAAUUACAAAUCAACUAAGUUUAGAUCAUAGCUCAGUUUCCAAUCUCAUGCAAAACAAACAUUCUGAACACAUACAUACGCCUUUUUCUAAUAAGAAUUGUGAUGCAGAAGACAAUGGUCAGUCUAUUACACAGAAAAACUACAGUGUUUCUCAGAAUUUAACGCUGGAACAUAUUCCAGUUUUGGUUAGUACACACAAAUAUGAUGAGUACAUACAUAAUGUUGAAUCAAAUAGAAAUGAACAAAACGAUGAAAAAAUAAUUACAAAGCAGUUAAGUUUGGAUCAUAACUUAUUUUGCAACCAACUGGUGCAAAAUAAAAAUUCUGAGUACAUACAUACAACCUUGUCUGCUAACAAUUUUAAACAAAAUUUUGAAAAUAAUGGUCAGCCAGUAUCUCAUAAAAAUUUCAGUUUUGCUCAAAAUCCAAAUUUGGAUCAAAUCCUAGUUUCAGAAGACACACACAUACACAAUAAAUAUGUUGAGUGCUUAGAUAAUGCGGCAUCAAGUACAAAUCUAGAAGAUAACAAUGAUAAAAUUGAUAUUUAUAAUUUCCACAAUGAUAUUACUAAACAAAUUAGUCUAGAUCAUAACUCAUUUUCUAAAGAACUCGUGCAAAACAAUGAAUCUGAGUACAUACAUUCAUCAUUUUCUAGUAAAUAUUGUGACCAAAAUGUUGAAGAAUACGGCACGUCGAUAUUGGAUAAUAAUUAUGUCUUUUCUCAGCGUCGAGAUCAGGAUCUCAUUCUUCCCAAAAAAUUCAUACAAUACGAUAAAACUGAAUACAUUUCCAACGAAAAUUGUGACCAAAUCUUAGAAAAUAAACGGACCUCAUACAAUAAUUACAAUUUUUCUCGGGGUCAAAAUGAACAAUAUAUUCCAUUAUCUGAUGAAGUUGUACAAAACGAAAAAUCCAGGUACAUGCAUACAGCUUUUUUCAACAACGAUCCAGAUCAUGAUAUCGACGAUAAAGACAAGUCUAAUCGUUAUAAUGAUACCUUUUUCCACGAUCCAAAUGAAGAUCGUAUGACAUUUGCCAAUGAACGCAAUAACAAUCAAAGAUAUUUACCUAAAGAUUUUUGCAAUAUAGAGAAUAAUAAGUUUACUAAACUUGAUGACGACCCAUUUUUAGACGAAAGUAGGGUAUAUGGUGAAUCUGAGUAUAUAAAUACUGAACAUGAAAUGAAAUCCACUUAUCAUUAUAAUAGUAACCGUUGUAGACAUUCCAGUCGGAAUCGCAAUCCAUUUUUCGAGGAUAUAAUUCAACAUAGAAAAUAUGAGUACGCAUAUAGAGAAUACGAAUCUAUGUUGGAUAAUAAGCCUCAAAAUCGUAGCAGCAGGGAUAAAUUUAACAAUCAAUUUUACGGAGAAGAACAUGUUAUGAACGAUAAAUAUGUACGUAAACGUAGGUCUGUUUCUAGUGGAAAAUAUGAACUAGUUCCUAGGGAUCAAUGGGUGCGUAACGGCCAUAAAAAUAAUAAUGAUGAGCAAUCAAACCGGAACCAUAAAAGUAUUUUCGAUAAUAAUAUAAAACGCAAAAAGUCAGGGUUCAUAUAUAGAGAUCACACCUAUAGGCAUAGGGAUUCUGAUCAAGAGUUUGAAGUUAUGCCUCUCGCAUACAAUAAUAAUAUCUCAGAGCAACAAAAUAGGAAUCAUAACGAAUUUGAAGACACUAAUCAGAAUAGACACGAUGAUUAUGACGGAAACGGUGAGAAUAUAAAUAUUUCCAAUAGUAAUAAUACAGGUUUUAGGCGAAAAGUACGAAGAAAUCAUAGCCCAUUUAUCGACGAUUUACCUACUAUAAAGAGCGAACAAUCUGAAUUCUACACGAAUUCUGCUAAAAAUAGAUACAAUUCCCAUAGUAAUUUUUUUACAAAACAACCAAAUAAAGACCGUAGUCCACAAUCAGAAGAUAUACGCAUAAAACACAAGCACAAACAAAUUAAGAACAACAUUAAUUUUGUACAAGACAUGAGAAUGUCUACACCAUAUAAUUUUAGUAACAAAAACAAACAGCCUAAAAAUAAAUUCAACCAGGCAAAUUGGGAACAUAGGUCAAUUUUCGAAGAAAUACAUUUCCGAUACAAAAAAUCUGAUUAUACUAAUAAGCAUACUGUUUAUUCGAGUCAUAAAUACGAACACAACAGUAAAAGAUAUAAGUACUUUGACAAUAACCAAGGUGAUAAUGAUAAACCUUUUAGCGGAAAUACACCCGAUCAAUAUAAAACAUCCAAGUACGUACAUACUGUCUCCAGUAGGAGAUAUAAAAAAGUUGUUUAUAAACGUGAAACUUAUAUGUAAGGUAGGACUAUGAAGAAUUAAUAAAAAUCCGCGCCAGGUAAGAAAUCCCAAGUUGGCCACGUUGUUGUGGGCAGCAAUUACUGUAGCGCCGUUCUUUCGUAACGGAGGCUUUAGUUCAUAUUCUGUAAAGUGAAGUGGGCUAUAAGUGUUUUUUUUAUUUAUCUAGUCUAGUGGUGUUUGUAUUUCGUCGAAAGAAAAUAACAACGACUACUGUAUUUCGUCUAAAGAAAAUAACAACGACUUAUUUUGUACCAUGAUCAUCCACUUGCGCAAUGCGUUCUUUUGUAUAAUCGAGAUUUAUAAAAUAUACAUUUCAACUGAGAUGUGAUAAUAAUAGAUUACAUAAGUUUUUAAGUAAUAUUUAAUACCAAACAUAAUUUUGAAAA